AAAAUUCUGGGAGUAUUUAAGAAAAGCAAAAAAUCUAUGCGGGCAAAAAGGUUCUCGAUCCAAUUUCUUCUCCCUGUCGAGAGCGAUCGGAGAAUCGAUUGCACCGACGUUUCGUCCCCUACUCUGAUCGAAGAUGUCUUCUCUCGCAGCUGCUAGAGCAGAUAAUUUCUACUAUCCACCAGAAUGGGACCCCAAAAAGGGUUCCUUGAACAAGUUUCAGGGGCAGCAUCCUUUGAGAGAAAGAGCAAGAAAGCUAGACCAAGGCAUACUGAUUAUAAGGUUUGAGAUGCCGUUUAAUAUCUGGUGUGGUGGAUGCAAUCAUAUGAUUGCCAAAGGUGUAAGGUUUAAUGCAGAGAAAAAGCAAGUUGGCAACUAUUACUCAACUAAGAUAUGGAGCUUUACUAUGAAGUCAGCUUGCUGUCGACAUGAAAUUGUAAUACAGACCGAUCCAAAGAACACAGAAUAUGUCAUAAUCAGUGGAGCACAACGGAAGACAGAAGAUUAUGACAUUGAAGAUGCGGAAACAUUUGCCCUUCCAGCUGAUGAAGAAAGAGGGAAGCUUUCUGAUCCAUUUUACCGCCUAGAACAUCAAGAAGAGGAUAUGCGAAAGAAGAAAGAGGCUGAACCACUUCUAGUUCGUCUUCAAAGAGUCUCAGACAGUAGGCAUGCGGAGGAUUAUAGCCUUAAUCGAGCCCUUCGUGCUCGUCUGAGGACUCAAAAGAGAAAGGUUGUAGAAGAAGAAGAAACUUCAAGAAAGAUGGGCCUUGGCAUAAGACUUCUUCCUCCAUCAAAAGAAGAUGCAGCAAGUGCAGCUGCUGUUAGAUUUGCACCCAAGUUUGACAAGAAUAGCAAGGACAAGCGUGCAGCGAUCAAAGCUUCAUCGAUCUUUUCAGAGUCUUCAACCUCUACUUUAGGAAAUAAAAGGGCUGAACUCGAGGCAAAGAGGAGAAAAAUAAAAGCAACCGCAGCAUCAGCCUUGUUAGCAGGAAGAGACAAGCCUUUGUCCUGGCAACAAGACAUGGGGUUCAGAAAGCGCUAAUGAUUUUGACUCAGUUAUGGUGCGUUCUCCAAGGGCUUUGCAUUUAAAAGGGAAAUUUUCACUCGACUGCUCCAUUAGUACUUAUGCUUUGGAUGCUAUUUUACUUGGUUUUAGUUGUUGGUUUUGGCUUUUACUGGGGGAAAAAAUUCCAUAAUGUAAAAUACUAAAUAGAUGGUUUGUGGUCAAAACUUGGAAUGUACUUGAGCACAAUAUCAAGUUGUAUGGUUACAAAAUCAGCUGUAGUUGAAUAGAAUCCAUCAUCUGCAAGCUAAA